AUGUCAUCGUUCAUUGAAAAAGCAGUGGAAAAUCUUGCCCAAAAAGACGUGGAAAAGUAUCGUGUUAGUGUGGGAAUACUCCUGAAACUCCUGGACAAUGUAAUUGGGGAACCGAAGAACCUCAAAUACCGCACAAUUCGCCUGGAGAAUAAGACAAUUAAGGAGAAACUUCUGGUGCUCGAUGGGAUGAAGGAUUUACUGAUUGCGCUGGGAUUUGAGGAGGACAGUGGAUGUCUCACGCUCUCCACAAAAGUCCUCGUGGGUAGCCUUAAGAAACACCGUGCCAUCAUCCAAAAUUCCCUGGAAAAGGUGACGCGGAGUGAGGCUGAAAGUGCUGCGUCAUGUUCAUCUCAGCAAAAAUAUCAACGUCCUGUGUUCAGGAAGGCAAGGAAACAUGCCUUUAACGAGAACCUGAACGUUGUAAGGAGUUCCAAUGCCUUCCUGCAUGGCAUUGUGAAUAGAGCCCAACUUGUGAUGUCGUAUGAAGAUGAGGAUCUUCAGGAAUUCGGAAGGCAGUGCAUUCCGAUUGAGAAAUUGAAGCUACAGACGCAGGAGAAGCUGCGACAGAUUCAGAAAGCCAUCAAGGCAAAGACAUGGAAAGAUCCUGAACCGGCAUUUAUGGAUCUUCUCCUUGUGGACUUUACAGAAUGGUUCAGGAAUUCCUUCUUCACGUGGAUCAAUCAACUUCCCUGCAAGGUGUGCAAACAGACCAAUGGCAGAUCAUCUGUAUCGGUUGAGGAUGGGAUUCGCGUGGAAGAGCUUCAUUGCUGCUCAACUGUGACACGUUUCUAUCGCUACGAAGAUGUAGCUACGCUCCUGACCACCCGGAUGGGAAGAUGCGGAGAGUACGCGAACUGUUUUACAUUCCUCUGUCGCUGCUUAGGGUAUGAUGCUCGAUAUGUGGUUGCUACGUUUGAUCACGUGUGGACAGAAGUCUAUUCUACAACACAGAAGCGCUGGAUUCAUGUUGAUCCCUCGGAUAGUGUUGUGGAUGCUCCGCUGAUGUACCAGCACGGCUGGAAGAGGAAUGUUGACUACGUUAUUGCCCAUUCCAAGGAUGACAUUCAGGAUGUCACGUGGAGGUACUGCAAUGAUCACACUCAGCUUCUCAAGCGCAGGACGAGAUGUUCUGAAGAUGAGCUACUGAGAGUGAUCAUAAAGAUUCGCGAGAGGAAGCAAAAAGAUUGCACCGAAGCUAAGAAGAAGUAUCUGGCCAAGAGAACCCUUGCAGAAGUCAUUGGAUUCACCGUGGCAAGGAAACCGAAUGAAGAUGAGCUCAAGGGGAGAUCUUCCGGGAGUUUGGCGUGGAAGCAAUCCCGUGGGGAACAACAAUCGAAUGCUUUUUUCACCUUCACCGCCACUGACAUGGAUAAGCAGCACAGGCAGUUCAAUCUUCGGUAUUCCUGCUCCAACGAUGUAUACGAAAAGUAUAUCAAGAGUCCGCAGGAGCUGCAGGUCAUUGAAACAUUCCCAUCCUGGAAUUCAUGUCAGUAUGCUUCCCACAAUAUUUUCCGCAAAGUUGAGCACGAUUGGAAGAUGACCUACUUGGCGAGGACAGAGGACACCAAUGAGGCUUCCAUUGAAUGGAGAUUUGACUUCACUGCCCAGAAUCUGAGCAUUGCCAGUGUUUUCAUUAAUUUCGAAACGAAGAUUUAUGAAAAUGGGAGGAUUUCAUUGCUUUUUAUGAAUGAAAAUGGGGAGAUAGUCCGGGACGUGCAGAAACUCAAGAACUCCCGGAAGUUCGUCAUGAAGGCGGUUCUGAGUGGCGGGAAAGGGGAUAUCGCAUGGCAGCACACCCAAUUGUUUAGACAACCCCUCAAGUGUCCUCGUUAUCCAUUCGAAAUUUGUAUUAAUUUCUUUUAAAAGACAUUUUAGCUAUAUUUUAAGUAUUUUAUUGUGAUCAAAAAAUUUCCGGAAGAUUUAUGAAUAAAGAUUCACGAGAAUCAAGUAUGCGCGGGAUAGA